AUCCAAGUUAUAAUAUAUCUUCGCUCUGCCUCGACUUAGGGAUUUUGUAUUUUUACGGAUGGAGCCGUAUCCUCUUUCGAAGCUGAAUCCUGAUACCAGCGAGUGGCGUAUUCGCGCAAAGGUUCUUGCUAUUUGGCAAGAGUACUACGAUCAUUAUUCGACGGUUGACGUCGUGUUGGUCGAUGAUAAGGGUGGGAAAAUCCACGGUAUCAUACCUAUGGAGCUUAUGCCACAGUUUUCGUCGAGAAUCGUGGAGAACCGAUGGAUAGUGAUAACAGAUUUUAUUUUGAGACCUGUCGUGGAUGCGUUGAAGCCUGUUGCUCAUAGAUUUGAGCUGUACGAGUGGGUUGUCGAAACCAAGGUUCUUUGUUCGUGGACACGGCGUCUAGAAAACAGUGGCAGGCGUUUAGAGUUUGUUCUCGCGGAUCGUGAGGGUAACAAGAUACAGUGCUCUCUAUGGGGAGAGGUUUACGAUAAAUUUGUGUCUGUAAUAGUUAGCGGUGGUUGGUUUCGGAUUAAGGACUUUAAAGUUGUUCAUCAGACUGGGGAUUGCAGAGCAACCUUGCACCGCUAUAAGAUGAUUCUUUUGAAAAACACUACGAUUGUCAAGAUACCUGAUAUCGAUAACAAUAAGUUUUUUGAUUUUGUUGAUUUUGGAAGUAUCUUGGACCGAAGAUAUUCUGACGACUUUUUGGUUGACUUGAUUGGAGAGGUUGUUGAUGUCCAAACUUCUAAUAUCGAAGCUGAAACCAAUGGAACGAAAUUACAUGAGGGUUCUGUUGUUUUUAAUGAUAAGGGCGUCCCUUUAUCUGAUGAAGUUAUACCAGACUAUGAUUAUUUACUAGAUAGGUUGGAGAGAUACAACGAGAGUAGAUUAGUCGUGGAAAACAAGGAACCUAAUCGCUCCUUGAAGCGUACUAGCGAGGAUGUGUAUGGAUUUCCAUCCACAAAACGUUUUCGUCCUCUUACUGGUGGUUAUAAAGAAUUACUUGAAGAAGUAGGAGGAAUAAACGAUCAAGGCCAUGGAAGACUAGGAUCCGAAUUUGGUGAAGAUGACGAAGAGGACGAUGAUGAAGAAGAAGAAGACACCGACGGAGACGAAGAAGUUGAAGAAGAUGUAGAUGACGAUGAAGGGGAAGGAGAAUACGAAGAGGAAGAGACGUAUGGGGAAUUUGGUUAUGAUGAGGAUGAUAGCAUAUAUCGCACAGUUUCUUUCUAUCUACGUGACAGACGGAAUGCUAUGUUGAGAUGCCGCCUGUUUGGUAAAGUCGCUAUGACUUUCUACGAUACAUUUAAAGAGCAAGCUGAUGGUGCUGUUAUUUGUGAUGUGGCCAUACAUGCUACAGAUUGUACCCGUAUUGAGAUUAAUCCAGAUAUCCGUGGAGUGGAAUGCUUCGAUGAAUUAAAAAGCAAAAAUUCACUAACUUUCAUCGAUGAUAUCAAUCCUAUUCACGAUCAGUAUAAGAUUAAGGUGUUAAUCUUGAGGCUGUGGAAGGCGUAUCAGAAAGAUGCGGGCAACACAAUCGAGAUGGUUUUGGUGGAUGAAAAGGGUUCAAGAAUCCAUGCAACUGUUGAGGACAAAAAUAUCAAAAAGUUCGACGGUGUCCUGAAAGAAGGUGAUGCCGUUACCUUGAAUCCUUUCAAGCUCAUCAAGUACUCUGGCGAUUAUAAGAGCAACAGUCUUUCUUUCAAGAUUUUGUUUUACCGAACAACCCAGGUCAAACCAUGUGAUGAUUUUCCAAAGGAAGUCCCUGAGAAGUAUUUUGUGGAAUUUGGUGAUGUUUUAAAUGGUUCACUAGACACGCGUGUUUUCGUUGAUGUUAUUGGUCAGAUUGUCAACGUUGGACCGAUCGAGGAUAUAAAAAUCAGAGGAAAAAGUACUCCAAAGCUCGACGUCGAGUUGCGUGAUCGUGGGAACGUACGGUUAAUGUGUACUCUAUGGGCGGAUUUUGCUAAGCAAGUUAAGGUUUAUACUGAAGCAAAUCCAGCGGCUGUUGUUUGUGUGAUUAGGUGUGCUCAGGUCAAGGAGUGGAAAGGUAAUUGGACUAUAUCUAAUGCUAUGGGCGCAACACGUGUAUUACUCGAUCCUCCAGGCGUUUUUGUUGAUGGGUUCAGAUCGGGGCUACCAACCGAUGGCGUGGUAUUGACUAAUCAUGACAAUAGUGAAUUGUUUGCUGGAUCAACUGUAUCGAUACGUGAUCAAUUCUUGGUGAAGAAUCAUAAACGAACUGUCCGAGAUAUAGUCGAGGCGUUAGAGGAGGGUAUGUGUGUGACCAUGGUCACUGUUGGAUCCGUCGAGCGAACGACGAAAUGGUAUUACGUUUCGUGUAAGAUGUGCAAUAAGAGUGUCGAGCCUUAUCCAGAAGAUUCUGGUGAUGAUGGAAAACCACCUCUUUACUAUUGCGGCGUUUGUGACAAGGAUGUCUCUGCGGUAGUGUUCAGGUGAUCGUGUCUUUUGAAUGCAUUGUUUAUGCCGUCUUGUGCAUGUUAAUACCAUUAUACUAUGUUGGUGUGUGUAGUUUUGGAGCUCGGUUUUUCAUUAUUUGUUCUGGAAUAACUGUUUGUUUUAGAUACCGAUGGGUUCUGGAUGUUUUGAUGCAACUAGCUACAGGCAAGGUUUUGUUGUUUGAUGCAAGGGUAGUACGCUCCUUCGUAGAACUGCACAGGAGCUCUAUAAUGAAGUUUCUGAGGUAAU